GGGAGCUCCGACUUGCCCGAUCAGUCACAUGGUUCCAUCCAUGUGGAGUUUGGACUACCGGUAGCGGGAAGACCAAUUGGACAUAUGACUAACAUGAGGUUGGCCAUGGGGGAUCAACAUCACCCAAAUUCCACUUCAUUUCAAGAUGGGGGUGCAAAUCACCAAUACCGAAGUGUGCUAAAAACUCGCAAGACGACAAGUGAUCUCAUGUGGUCCCUUCAACCCUGGCAGCCUAGUCACACUUUUAGAAUGGGUUCCCCUUCAUUGUUACCAUCAAAACUUGUACCCCAUGUACUGAGCAGCCCUCGUGUCAACAAUGUCAUUGAUCAGCUUUCUGAGGAAAAUAGAUGCUCAAAGAAGAUCUUGGAGAAACAAGCAGCUGCAAUGCUUGAGGAAAUGGCUCACAACCAAAAAAUGUGUUCUAUACGUCUCUUUGGUAUUUGCCUUGCCAAGCUUGGGAAGCUACUGUACAGAGACAUUUAUGUCAAUAGAGAUGGAAUAGAACAGGUCAGAAGCUUGAUACCACAUGGACCUAUCCUGCUUCUACCUUCACAUCGAAGUUAUGCUGACUUCCUUCUCAUGUCUGUGAUAUCAUUUCACUAUCAUCUUCCGAUGCCAGUCAUUGCUGCUGGCAUGGAUUUCAUGAACAUGAAGAUGAUGGGAGAGCUGAUGAGACAAGCAGGAGCAUUCUUCAUCAGGAGAAGCUUUGGUUCAGAUCGCCUUUACAAGACAAUCUUCACAGAAUAUGUUCAGCAGCUCAUCAUGCAGGGGGAUCACCCCCUAGAAUUCUUUUUAGAAGGCACUCGAAGUCGUUCCGGGAAAGCUCUCCCUCCCAAACUUGGACUCCUGUCAACUGUCCUUGAACUGUACUUGAAAGGAAUUGUAAAUGACAUUUUUGUGGUACCAGUCCAUAUCAGUUAUGAUCGCACACUGGAGGAAUCUCUGUAUGCAUAUGAGCUUCUUGGGAUUCCAAAGCCUCCAGAGUCCACUCGGGGGUUAAUGAAGGCUUUAUCAAAGCUUCAAGAGCCUCAUGGGGAUAUCCAUGUCACAUUCUGCCCGCAUUUUUCAGUCAGGGAAUUUUUCUCAUCGUGGAUAGACUGCAGCCCUCACAUCAUGAGCCCCCACUUCAUCUCUUCAGUAGCAGAACAAACUGUGAUGGCAGAGCUUGCUACAAAAGUUUUGCAGUCACAGCUGAAGCAUGGAGUUCUUCCCAUCUUCCCUCUUGUCUCUGCCGUGGUCCUCUACAAGGAGGCUAUGGAUCUCAAGUGUUUGACCGAGAGGGUGUCAUAUCUUACCCAACUUGCUGCUUGGCAAGGAUAUCAUAUUACCACUUGUUCAGAAGCAGAGUUGGAGAGAGUACUGGCACUUCACUCAAACAUCCUAGAGGUGAAAGAUGGUAGACUGUCAUUGGUGAAGGAGCGGGAACCCCUUGAACCUGCUUCUCUUUCUCGAUCAAGAGGGCACGUGCUUCUUCAAAGUACAGUGCAGAAAGCCAUUCCUAGCAUUCGGCUACAGCAUUAUGCUAACCAGUGUCUACACAUCUUCCUUGAUCCAUGUUUGCUCAUCCUCAUUGCAAAUUGUAAUCCAGUUCCCAAAGAUGUUCUCAGGGAAGAGUAUAGGUGGUUGCGAAUGUUACUUUCUCUAGAGUUUCCAACCAUGCUGGAAUUCCUUGAUGAUGAAUUCAAGAGAUGUGUCGACUUUGUCUUUCAACGCGAUCUCCUAUUCAGGGAUGAGAAUGGCAUCUACCAUGCUUCAGCAUCUCCCUUGUUGAACUUUGCCAUGGCUGCCUUCCGUCCAUUCUUGACAACUUUUGCAUUAGUCUGCCACAUGCUUGCAAUGAGAAGUAUGUUCCAGUGGAUGGCAGAAAGCUUCUCCGGGCACAUCUCUGAAUCUUCUCCCUGUGCAUCAAUGGGGCAUGUCUACAUAGAGGCGGAGAAGCUUGGGGAAGAAGAUUGUUUGGAGACGUUGCCCCUGACCGCUCUAGCUACAUCUGUCUGA